UAUCUAUGAUCCAGUGAUGCCAUUCGUGCAGAAGAGAACUGCUCCAAUUUACAAUUUCUUCGAGAGAGGAAGACGAGAAACGUUCAACUAUUUUUACUGCUGGAUUUUGAUGAAGUGAAAAGUGGGUGAUCGAAUUGUAAACAGAAAAACUCUCUGGAAUGGAAGGCAGGCCUGUACACAUUGUUGUGGCUAAAGAAGACCAUACAUUUGAAUUGGAUGAAGAAGCCCUAGCUAACAUUGUUUGUCAGGAACAUGUGAAAGACAAACAUAUUGCAGUUAUAUCUGUUGCAGGAGUAUUUAGGAAAGGAAAAUCUUUUCUUCUUGAUUUCUUCCUACGUUAUCUGAAAGCGAAUGGUUCCCCUGAUUGGCUUGGGUCAGAAGAUCGCCCACUGAGAGGCUUCUCCUGGAGAGGAGGUUGUGAAAGAGAUACCACUGGAAUUCUUGCAUGGUCUGAAGUUUUUAUGGUGGAUGCUCCUAAUGGAGAGAAAAUUGCUGUUCUUUUAUUAGAUACUCAAGGGGCAUUUGACUGCCAAAGCCCUGUGAAAAACUAUGCAACAAUGUUUGCACUUAGCACCAUGACCAGUAGUGUUCAAGUUUACAAUCUCUCCCAAAAUAUACAGGAGGAUGAUUUGCAACAUUUACAACUUUUUACCGAAUAUGGGCGACUUGCGUUGGAAGAUUCGGGAGAUGUCCCCUUCCAAAAGUUGAAGUUUCUAGUACGAGAUUGGAGCUUCCCUUACGAAGCUUCCUAUGGAGAAGUAGGCGGAAAGUCUAUUCUAGAACGAAGGUUGCAGAUCUCGGACAAGCAGGAUCCCGAGCUUCAAACUCUUCGCAAGCAUAUCCGUGCCUAUUUUACGGAUAUCUCGUGCUUUCUAAUGCCCCAUCCUGGACUCAAAGUAGCCACUAAUCAGAACUUCGAUGGUCGAUUAACUGACAUCGAACCCGAUUUUAAGGAGCAAUUGAAAGUAUUGGUCCCACUACUUCUAUCGCCAGAAAAUUUAGUUGUGAAACAGAUUGGUGGAAACCGUAUCCGGGCAAAAGAGUUGCUGCAUUACUUCCAAUCUUAUAUGGCCAUUUUCAAGGGUGGUGAAUUACCUGUACCCAAAACUGUGUAUGAGGCAAAUGCGGAAGUCAACAAUCUUUCGGCUGUUGAGGGUGCUAGAGAAGUUUAUUCGUCUUCAAUGGAAGCUAUUUGUGGUGGAGACAAACCGUUUAUGAGUUCCAAUGCAUUGGAAGACGAACAUAUGCGCGUAAAAGAUAAAGCUAUUGAACACUUUCAAGGACGCAAGAAAAUGGGCGGAGCAGAAUUCUCAGAAAAGUACAAAGAACGGUUAGAGCAGGAAAUCGAAGAGCAGUUUAGCCACUAUCGAACGCAAAACGAAAGCAAAAAUAGUUUUAAACCACACAGCGGCAACUGUAUACUUAAUUAAGGGUGUUUCAGUAGGGAAAAUCAACUGAAAAAACUAAGUAGUUUAGAAUGACACUUAAUUUUGAAAAAAAAUACUUAAACUUUGCUUUACCCUACUGAAACCAAAUUUCUAACCUUUCGUUUCUUUUUUAAGUAUGCAA